AUGGGUCGGAGGUGGGCCGGAGCUGGUGAGCAUGGUGGAGCCAUUCUCUCUCACUCCGAGCAGGCGCCCGUCAUCCGGCUCCUGGGCGACGAGAAGGUUCGCCGAGAUCCGAAAGCAUGGGAAGAGCCGGGCAUUGUGCUUUUGAGAACGCAGCUGGCGCAGAACCCAGGAAGCAUGUCGCUCGUGGCGGAUGCAAGCACGGUGAACGGCAAGACCAGCAGAGAAGAGACAGCCGAGGACCCCAGUAAGGAUGGAGGAUCAAGUGAGGAGUUGGAAGCAGAUGCGCUCCUACGUGAUCUGGAGGGCCUUGGCGUUCUUCCCCCAAAGAGAUUACUGGGGAGGCCAAUAGUAAUCUGGACCGCGAGAGUGAAGCUAGCGUGA